GCAACAAAGGUCGGGCACAACAGCUCAUCCGUUCAGUCCGGUCAGUCUGUGGCGGUCGUGCGAGUCGAACACACGUUAGCGCGCGAUUUUAUCACAAAUUAAUUAAUUAAAAAUGUUGUUCUUCGUAGUAUUAACAGUGCUUGCUGCCAGUGCUAACGCCAAGUUCUACAGGGACUGUGGUUCUGCAGAGGCGACGGUACAGAAUGUGGAGGUGUCCGGCUGCGCGGAGGACGCCAAGGAGUGCAUACUCAAGAGGAACACUAACGCCACCUUCAGUAUCGAGUUCACACCUAUAAGUAACGUGAAAGAGGUACAGACAAUAGUCCACGGAGUGAUCAUGAACCUCCCGGUUCCGUUCCCUCUGCCUCAACCUGACGCCUGCAAGGACAACAACCUCACCUGCCCUCUACAGGCUGGUAAGCCAGUGAAGUACCACACCACGAUGCCUAUCCUCAAGUCAUACCCCAAAGUCAGGGUCGACGUGAAAUGGGAGCUUAAGGACGAAAACAGUGAAGAUCUUGUGUGCAUCCUGAUUCCCGCCAGGUUACAAUAAGGAACAAAUUAAAUAAAUAGCUGCAUCCCGAUUCCAGAAAAACCUAAUGCACCUAUAAUCUGUAUUUUUGUGUCAAAUCAAAUGCAAUUAGGUACCUAUCUAUAUCAGCUGAGCUGAUUGAAUUUGUGGUUUGAACAAAUACAGAUAAAAAAAGAAAACGUAAGAUAACUGUGAAAAAAAAAACAAAAAUAUGGCGGGAAUUUAUUAUUUCUGUCACUUUUGUAACUAAGUGUCGUCGAUGGAAUCGAGUGUGUGCGUGUCUCUUCUAAAUACUUAAUUUCAAUUUAUUUAUACAUUCCACGUUUUAUUAAUUUUCGAAUAAGUUAAUCUUAUUAUUCGAAUUUAUUCAAUUCAGGCUUGUUUCGUGUCAUGAGUAAAAUAUUAUUAUAUACCUUCCUACCGUAUUUACUUAUGUAUAACUCCAAUAAAUAUUUAAGUAAGUAUUAUAUAAAAGUGAGGCUAGUUGCUAAAGGCUGCGUUGAAUGACAAAUAUUUUUAAUUAAGUGUAUAAGUUACAUUAAAAUUUUGCUCUCUUCAAAAAUAUACUAACAAAAAUAUGUGACAUGUAUUUAACUAUGAGUUUAUUGUUGCUUCGUCACAAGCAAAAUUCAUAUGCUUGUAUAAAACCUAGUAAGAAGCUCGAGAUCUGUCUACUACCCAAUGUAAGAAAUUAUCUUAAUUUAUAAUGAAAAUGUUUUACAUUUAAACAUAGGUUUAGGAUUGUGGUUUUGUACAUUAUAAUAAUUAUUGAUUAG